AUGAAAUUGAUGAGCAAAUACUUAUACAAGCUAACCCUACUCUUAAUAACUCUAACAUCUAGAUUAACUUCAGCUACUUCAGGACUUAGAACUAGUGAGUAGCUUAGAUCAGAUUUAAGAUCUGUUUUAGAGCAAGCAAUUCUAUUAUAAGUUUAUCCAGGAAGUCUAUUUACAUUCCAAAUAUUUGUACUUAAAGACGAAACCUAAGGUGUGCAACUCUUUAGUUCCUGCUUAAAUGGGUUACUUUCUGUUCUUCAUUAAUCUGGUAUAGCAAUGAAAUUGGCUCCUUUAAUUUCAACUACAAUCCUUAUAAGGCAAAUUGAUAUGAGUGAUGAUUAGUCAUAGCUAGAGAUUAUUACAGAUCCAACAAAAAUAAGUGAAUCAGAUGAUAAAUCUUCUUUAUUAGAUAUAGUUGCCUCAAGUAAAUCUGAUAUCGCUUACAUUAAGUCUAUGCUUGUUGAAUUUGAUUAUGGGAUGCUUUUCACUAGCGAAGCUAAUAGAAAGCAUAUUUAAAAAAUACUAAAAUCUAAACUCAAUCAGCUAACAAGUAGUUUCUUGUAAUGA